GUUGAGCAAUCUUAUCGCGACUACAACUUCUGGUGUAAACAUGGCAGCAACGUUACAACCACCGAUCUUGUCUCAGCCAGGUAGUGGGGCUGGUGCAGGAGCAGGGGCUCCUGGGGGGGCUGCUCCUGCAGGUGGAGCUUCAGGGCUCACGGCUUCUCUUACGGGCACAAUGAACAAGAAGAAAAAACCUUUUCUUGGUAUGCCGGCUCCUCUGGGCUAUGUGCCUGGCCUUGGCAGAGGAGCUACUGGUUUUACAACCCGUUCUGAUAUUGGUCCUGCACGAGAUGCUAAUGACCCUGUGGAUGACCGGCAUGCCCCUCCUGGGAAGAGGACUGUGGGGGAUCAGAUGAAAAAAGGCCAGGAUGAUGAUGAUGAAGAUUUAAAUGACACCAAUUAUGAUGAGUUUAAUGGAUAUGCUGGCAGCCUGUUUUCAAGUGGCCCAUAUGAGAAGGAUGAUGAAGAAGCAGAUGCAAUUUAUGCAGCUCUGGACAAAAGGAUGGAUGAAAGAAGGAAGGAAAGGAGGGAAAUGAGGGAGAAGGAAGAAAUUGAAAGGUACCGUAUGGAGCGGCCCAAGAUCCAACAACAGUUUUCUGACCUAAAGAGAAAACUUGCUGAAGUGUCUGAAGAGGAGUGGCUCAGCAUUCCUGAGGUUGGAGAUGCCAGAAACAAACGCCAGAGAAACCCUCGCUAUGAGAAGCUGACGCCUGUGCCAGACAGCUUCUUUGCCCGGCAUUUAAAAACUGGAGAGAGCCACACAUCUGUUGAUCCUUUGCAAACAGUGUCCGAUUCUGUAAGUGGCCAGACUGUAGUCGACCCGAAGGGUUACUUGACAGAUUUGAACUCCAUGAUCCCAUCUCAUGGUGGAGAUAUCAAUGACAUCAAGAAGGCCCGUCUCUUGUUGAAGUCAGUAAGAGAAACUAACCCUCACCAUCCUCCUGCAUGGAUUGCCUCUGCUCGAUUGGAAGAAGUAACAGGGAAACUGCAAGUGGCCAGAAAUCUGAUUAUGAAAGGAACAGAAAUGUGCCCUAAGAGUGAAGAUGUAUGGUUGGAAGCUGCUCGCUUGCAGCCAGGUGAUACUGCCAAAGCAGUGGUUGCACAGGCUGUACGCCAUCUCCCUCAGUCAGUUCGUAUUUUUAUUAGAGCUGCAGAACUGGAGACAAGUAUUAGAGGAAAGAAACGAGUUCUCAGAAAAGCCCUGGAGUACAUACCAAACUCUGUGCGUCUGUGGAAAACUGCUGUUGAAUUGGAGGAACCAGAGGAUGCCCGCAUCAUGCUGAGUAGAGCGGUGGAGUGUUGCCCUACAAGUGUAGAGCUUUGGCUUGCACUUGCCAGACUGGAGACUUAUGAAAAUGCCCGCAAAGUACUGAACAAAGCACGUGAGAACAUUCCAACAGACAGACACAUUUGGAUCACUGCUGCCAAGCUGGAGGAAGUGAAUGGGAACUCACAGAUGGUGGAAAAAAUCAUAGACAGAGCCAUCACAUCACUACGAGCCAAUGGAGUUGAAAUUAACAGAGAACAGUGGAUUCAGGAUGCAGAGGAAUGUGAUAAAGCUGGAAGUGUUGUCACAUGCCAGGCCAUUAUCCGUGCUGUCAUUGGCAUUGGCAUUGAAGAGGAGGACCGGAAGCAUACUUGGAUGGAAGAUGCAGAAAGUUGUGUUGCCCAUGGAGCCCUUCAGUGUGCCAGAGCCAUUUAUUCACACUCCCUGCAAGUCUUCCCUAGCAAGAAGAGUGUGUGGUUGCGAGCUGCCUAUUUUGAGAAGAGCCAUGGAACAAGGGAAUCUUUGGAGGCACUUCUUCAGAGGGCUGUAGCCCACUGUCCUAAAGCAGAGGUCUUAUGGCUGAUGGGUGCCAAGUCUAAAUGGCUAGCUGGAGACGUACCUGCUGCAAGAAGCAUUCUGGCACUUGCCUUUCAGGCUAAUCCAAACAGUGAAGAGAUUUGGUUAGCUGCUGUAAAGCUGGAGUCUGAAAACAAUGAAUAUGAGAGAGCAAGGAGAUUGUUGGCUAAAGCCAGAAGCAGUGCCGCUACUGCCAGGGUGUUUAUGAAGUCUGUAAAACUUGAGUGGGUGCUUGGGAACACCAUGGGUGCAUUGGAUCUCUGUGAAGAAGCACUGAAACACUAUGGUGAUUUCCCCAAGCUGUGGAUGAUGAAGGGGCAAAUUGAAGAACAAAUGGGACAGCCUGACCUUGCACGAGAUGCAUACAACCAAGGGCUGAAGAAAUGUCCACAUUCCAUUCCACUAUGGCUUCUACUGUCAAGGCUGGAGGAAAGAGUGGGCCAGUUGACCAGAGCUCGGGCCAUCAUGGAAAAGGCUCGUCUAAAAAAUCCACAGAACCCAGAACUCUGGCUGGAGUCUGUUAGGCUAGAAUACAGUGCAGGACUGAAGAACAUUGCAAAUACACUGAUGGCCAAGGCACUGCAAGAAUGCCCCAGCUCAGGGAUACUGUGGGCUGAGGCAGUUUUCAUGGAAGCUAGACCUCAGCGGAAGACCAAAAGUGUGGAUGCCUUGAAGAAGUGUGAACAUGACCCACAUGUACUUUUGGCAGUAGCAAAGCUGUUUUGGAGUGAACGCAUAAUAACCAAAGCCAGAGAGUGGUUUCAUAGAACUGUGAAAAUUGACCAAGACCUGGGAGAUGCCUGGGCCUACUUUUACAAAUUUGAGCAGCAGCAUGGAACAGAGGAGCAGCAGCAGGAUGUUAAAAAGCGAUGUGAGAAUUCAGAGCCCCGUCAUGGUGAGUUGUGGUGUAAGGUCUCGAAGGACGUCAAGAACUGGCAGCAGAAGGUUGGAGGAAUUUUGGAGCUUGCAGCAGCAGAAAUUAAGAAUUCAUUCUAAAUAGGUCCUAUAAAACAGUAAAUUAUUUUAAUGUGCAGAUUUAUUUCAUUGUGAUAUGUACCUAAGAUGUGUUUUAAUAUAAAAAUUUGUCCAAAAACA